CGCGUCCACUACACAUCUGCCGCCGGCAAAACAAAAACGACUGUGCGAAAUUCCUUUUACAUUCUUUACGCUUUUGCUCGCGCAUAUUUCCAAAUCCAUCACGGUGCGAGAGUGAAAAUCCUUGAAAAUCGCAAGAUGAAAUCAUCGACGGUGAAGUGAAGAGGUGAAAAAAGUGUGCGUGUUGGGUGAAUAUAGUGAGCACAGUCGGUAGUGUUGUAGAAAAUUAAGAUUGCGGAAAAGCUGCUGGCCGACGGAAAAAUGAACGGUAAUCCGGGAACAACACUGUUCAAUGACGGCGGAAGCAUUCAAGUGAACAAUGCUAGUGCAUUGCAGCGCGCCGAGGAAGAGGAAGCGCUGGAAGAUCAGCAACGCCGUAAUGCCGAACUGGCCAAGGAAAUGGAGAACGCCUUUGACGAUCUAAUCGACGAUGAUGACCAGAAUGAUACAUUGAAUUCGCUUAAUUACUUGUCGAACUAUUCGGAACAGCUGGCUGAGUCGCCGCCUCCGCCACCACUGCCCAUGGUUGGUGUCGAUGCACCGAAGCAAAAGUUUCUGGAGGAGGUUGGUGUAAAAAACGGUCCGCAUGCGGGAGGCGGUGACGGUCGGUACAAUCCAGAAGUUUCACACUGGAAAAAGAUGUUUGAGUUCAAAUGUCGCGAGUUUGAACAUGUUACUCGGUUGCUGCAUGACAAGAGCAAAGAAUUCGAACAGGAAAAGGGUGAACUGCGGAAGCGUUUGAUGUUGGCCGAAGGCGAACGAGAUCGUGCGAAUAUGACUCGUACCCAGACGCAUGAUUUAUUGGUGGCUAGUAAAACGAAAGUCUCCGAACAGGAGGAUGCCAUCAACAAGCUUAAAACGAAAAUUAAAACGCUUGAAGAAAAGAAUCUCGAACUUGAGGCCGAGUUGGAAAACAAGAAAACGGUACUUCAGGACACUCUGCACAAAUAUCGCAUGGUUGAGCAAAAUGUUGGGCUUAAAGCUGACCGGCACACGGAUCAGCUUUUGAAGCAAGCGGAAGAGAAACACAACGCUAAAGUGACAAUGAUGCAGCAACAAAUUGACAACCUACGAUCGGAUCUAGAUGAUCGUGUUCAGGAAGUGCGCCGACUGGAAGUUCGGUAUAAAGAGUUGCAAUCACUGCGGGAUACGUUGCUGGUUGAAAAAUCUGAAACGAUACAACGACUGCAGGACAAACUGGAGGAAUCGCAGAGGCAGUGUGAAAAUCUUAUGGGAAAAACGAUGAAUUUGACCGGUUUCACCCAUGAUAAUUUGAGACUUAAAACGAAAGUGAACGCGCUGGAACAACAGACGCAGGAUAUGCAGCGAACCAUCAACACACUUACCCAAAGACUCGAAUCGAGCAACGCCGAGCUGGAGCUGAUGGACAGUUUAGUUUGCGCGAAAGAUGAAACCGGUGAGCUAGCCGGCGAAUCCGGUUGCACCUUUGGUGCUACCCGGAAGAACCUGAUCGGUAGUACACCCAUCAAUCCGAACAUGAAAAACACCGAAGAACGGGUCACCAAACUGAAGCACGAGCUGUUGAUUUGCAUGAACGGUCAAAAGGAGAAGCGCGAAGCGAUCAAGCGCCUGGAGGCAGAUCUGGCGGCACGGGAUCAAGAGAUUAACCAACUCAAGAAAGAUGAGAGCUCAGCUCUGGUUCAAAUGAAUCAAUACAAGGAGGAAGCUUUCCGCGUUAAUUCAAAGCUGAAAAUUUUGGAAAAUGAGCUGGAAAAGUUUUACAAAAAGGAACAGCACUCCUCCAAGCAGGUUCGGAGAUCCAGCUACGACAAACAGGAUGCUUUGGAGGAUAAAAUAUUUACCUUACAGCAGGAAAAGAUUGAACUGGAGGAAAAGGUGUCGAGCUUAGAGAACGAAAACCGCCAGCUGGAAGAGAGAGGUAAAAAGUCGGAAGCAGACUCCAAGACUCUUGACGAAGUCAAACUCGACUUGGAAAAACAAAAGUUUCUUCUGAAGGACGCUCAAAGUGAAUGUGAGCGAGUGAAAAAUCUCUACAUUGAAAUGUCCAGUUGUAAGGAUGCUGUCUGCAGGGAACUGGAUGCCCUUAAGCACAAGGAUACGGAAAAGGAGCUUUCGAUUCUACACGAAAAGGUAGCGUCUCUGGAACGUGCACUGCAAUUGGCAGAGUUAAAGUCUUCCGAACUGAGUAAAAUGCUAGAGAAAGAGAAGCUUGAACAUGAGAAGUUGUUGAAGGAUCUUCGCGAACGGCGGGAGAGCAGUCGUGAGGUGAAGGAGCAUAGUCAAAGCAUAAAUAGUUGCGCAAGGUGUGUCGAGAAUUUAACGGAAAUGUCAAAGGUUGAGAUUCAAAAUCUGCAACUUCAGAACACAUGCGCCUCACACCUUCGGCAGAUCAACGAAUUGAAGAACGCCUUGCAUAAGUCUCGCGCCACCAUCAACGAUCUAAACCAAAAGCUUGAUCUGAAGGCUGAACGAGAUUAUCUGAUUGAUGAGCUGAAGCAAAAGGCUGCCCAGUUCGAGGAAUUCAUGCGAAAUCAACACGGCAAUAAUAGCAACAGCAGUGGCCAUAGUUCAACAAAGGACUGCGCCACAUCACCACUUCCGCAGCAUCAGUCACGUGACCAAAGUGUCGGUACAUCUCCGGAACUGCUGGAAAGAACCGAGAUGCAAGAUCGGAAGAUAGCUCGUGAACAGGAAAACCGUAUACGGGAAGAAAUGGCACGGGCCUUCGCUGCCGAGAUUAAAAUCAUCGAGGAAAAGUUCAAGGUGCAAUUUUCGAAAUUUGAAGGGAACAUCACGGAGCUGAAGAACGAACUGCAUGACCGAGUGAACGAACUGCUGAUACGCAGCAAGGAAGUCGAGGUGUUGAAGUUUGCCAUCAAAGCCGAGCGGGAAAAGGUCACGGAAAUGCUGGCCAAGAAGGACAACGAUGCGCGGGCGCUGUUCGACAAGCAGGCAGAGGUGAUGAAAAAGUACAAAUCUGAACUGAACAACGCCCAGCAGAAGAUACACUUCCUCGAGGGUGAACUGCAAGAAAAACGAGAAUUGAUCCAAGCUGAACGCGAGUCGAUGACGAUGCUGACGAAACAGAUCACCGAAGAGCGCAAGAUGUUUCACGAGCGCGAAAUUGAGGUGAUUGAAAAAUUCAAAGAAAUUGAAGAGGAGUACAACAAAAGCCUGGCGAUGGUGACCGAAAAGUAUAACUCGGUGAAGAAGACGGCCCUCAACUAUAAGAAAUACGCAGAGGACAAGGAACAGCACAUGAUGAAGGAGUACGAUCGCAUCAAGGAGGGCUACAAUACCGCCCUUCUGAAAGUACAAAACCGCAUGAAGGAAGUACUGGAAAGCAAAGAUCGCAGUAUGAAAGAGCAAAUCUCCAAACUGGAGUCCGAUUAUCGAUCCAAGUUGAGUGCGCUCAAAGAAAAUGCCUAAAUACCUCAUCAUAACUCCGAUAGCGUAUCAAAUGUGUACUGCUACUGCCUAUUGACACUCCAUUCUUAGUUUCAUUUGAGAUUGUCAGCGUACUCCAGAACGAGAGUAUUAAUAGUAGUAGUAGUGUUACUGCCCAAAUGCGGUACUUAAGCAAAAAAAAACUUGCAAACUGUAGCCAAUUAAUUCUGAAAAUGCCUUCAAUGUGUUAUUAGUGGUUAGUGUUCCCCUCUACACAUAUCUGCCAGAUUAUCGUUGAUAUGAAACUGCCCUAACUUCUGCCAUUUCUGUUCAAUCACUGUUCGUUGUGUCUGCAGAAAUCUUUAUUACAAUUGUUGACCAUAGUGAAUUUAUAAUGUGGAUCAAUUGAAUCAUAUAUAAGUAUUAACAAUAGGAUAUCGUAGGCUGAUAUAUACAAAUUAAAUGUUAGUGUUGUGAGAAUGUUCA